AGAAAUAAUAUAGCCUGGAAUAAAUGUAGAAGUAUAGAAAAAAAAACCUUAAUAAAAGUUACAGAAAUGAAAUUAUGAGAUGAAUAAUUCCUUUUUUCAAAAAAUUAUAUUUAUGCCAAACUAAACUAAAUGGCCCUCCAUACUUUUUAUCUGUCCAUGAAUACAUCUAACACGACGUUACAUAACAGUCGGUGUUUUAACCCCAGCAGCACCUUUACAGUCACUUCACAUCCAGGUGUCCACAGUCACUGUCCUCACUGAAUCGUUGUUGCUAAUCAAGGAAAUGCAGGAAAAUCUGUGACUGAAAGAAUGUGAUAUACAACAAUGUAAAUUAGACAAUUAAGAAAAAGUAGCUCCUCAGAAAACGGUCUUGAUUUUCUCUGGCAUUAACCUUUGAGUCUGUCAGUAAUUUACUUCUUAAACUGAGAGUUGAGGAUGUCGAAGAUUCACUGUGGUGACACACUUAAAUCCUCUUAGGAAGGCGAGACACUUCCUGGUUUAUCAUUUAUUCACCGCGGUUUAGCUUUGUGAAUAUGUAACUUCCUUUGACACAGCACACGAUGACUGGAUGAUGUCUGUUUUUCGCUGAACGUGUGAUCCUUAGAGAACUUCCAGACGUGCCGAUACGGGCUGAUGUGAGACACACUGUGGCUUUAAUUGCUUAAAUUGGACACACAGCGGCCUGAUUUACUGUGAGCCUGAAUCUGGGUCAUGUUUGUGAUAUGGCUUUAUGAUUCAACAUGCUCACAUUUGUCUACUCAACUAUCCAUGCAUGCAUUUUUUUCUCUCCCUUUUCCCACUUUCUCCUUUUUUUUAUUAAAUAUAUCGGCUUCUUUCUGCCUUUGGUAUGUUGUUAAUUUCACUCUCACUUUGUGUCUUUGUUUUCUCCUAUUGGUUUCCUUCUUUCCAACUCAACUAUUUUCUUCUCUCUCUAAUGAUUUAUUCCUACUCAGGGCAGCAGGAGCAGAAGGAGCACUGGGUUGCUUUAGUAGUGGGACAUGUAGAUGCCUGGAGCAUUUUUGGUAAAGGUCCAGUGUAGAUCUGGUGGCAGUUUGCAGCAGAUUUGAUUCCAUGCCAUGAAAAGUGGAGCAAAUCUUGAAGUUGAAGAAGAAGGUUAUUAUGUCGCUCGAUACUCAAAUAUGCACAUAUUGCACGUUGCUAUUGACCGUGCCGUCAUGCCUUUAGUUAAAUGAGGCUUUGUUCGACCGAAAGUAGUCAGUUCGAGGCCGACCUGCGUCUUUAUCCUUCCAGUGCUUGAUGCGGGACAUGUUGUCCAUGGCCCUUGUGGCCCAGCUGGCCCUGGCACAGAUAAACCCACUAAGUCCUGUAAACACUCCUUUUCCUGGGAGGAUAUGAGGCUCCGAUACAUUUAUUUUUUCAGGCAUCUGAGAAAACACAAGAGGCGGUUUCUGACAUUCCGUCAGACAACAGGCAUGAGCGUUCAUGCCCUCGUUUUCCUUCUGUGUCACUUGAAAAAUCAGGCUCUGCUGGUUGUGUGACUGCAGAUUAAUCCCAGAGAGAUGACCACUAGUUGUCCCCUUUAUGUAAGAUUACACCCAUGUUUCAUGCAGAAAGUAGCUUGAGUUUCAUGGCCUGCUGUGAUGAUGAAAUGUAUUUUCCACUUGAGGGACGCCCCCGAAGGCUUUUUCAGUUCACACUAGCAACACAAAAAUGAAGACAAAAUGCCAUAUGUCAGCUGAGGAACAGGUAAAAUAUUUAUGUCUGCUCCUCUUGGAUGGAUUACAUGGCCUAGCUUCUGUCAAUGUGGGUAAUUUGGCAAUCAGAGGGCUUGAAUGUCAGUUACAUAUGUGCCGUGUUUCCUCAUCGUACUCAUGUUCCUGAGUUUGUUUGCUGAAAGCUGUCCAGAGCUCGAGCUUUCUGAUUAUGUUUGUGUUUGAUGUAUUGUAAAUGCAUGUGCAGGGAGUGGAGUCUUAGUCAUUGUUAUCAGCAUUUUAUUCAUGUAACAGUCUGGGUUGGACUAUAUAAUCUGCAUCAGGUUAUGUAGCUCAGUGAUGGCCCAGAGUUGCAGCAGCAGCUCUCGCGAGUAACUGGGGCAACAUUUGAAUUACAUAACAGCUGUGUUGCUGGGUUGAUUCUGUGCUUCUAUUUAUUUUUAUCAUUUGAUGCCCGCCUGCGGAGGAGACUCUCUUCGUCAUGCUGGGACGUGCACGGUGAGCCCGACGGCCGUGGACGGUCCAUGAGCUGCUGCUGCUAUCUGCAGCCAGCCAGCUUUAAGUAGGUCAUCACAGAACCUCAGUCAGAGGUCUAUCCAACACAGUGGAGUCUAACACACUGGUGUGGUUCAUUAUCAUGUCUGAGGAUUGAGGUGCUGAAAAUAAGAUUGUGUUUGAUGAUGUUUCAGGACUCAUACCUGUGUAUCCUUUGGGGUGCAAGGUUUCAUUUUAGGGUGCUGUACAGCAACCAGAUGUGACCAUCAUUAGUGGAAAGGUGAACUGAGGAAUUAGUGUUAAGUCACUGCAAACACACUCACAAAAGCUCGAGCAAAGACAACUAACUGCACAUCAGUUAUGUUAUUUGUCAGAUAACUGCAUUAAACUUACUCUAAAAGAAACCAACACGACAAACAAGGUUGAAAAGUCCUGUUCAGUUAAUUCAAUUAGCUGAGGGGAUGUGUAGCAGACAGCUAGCAGCUUACACAUCCAUCACUCAAAAUGCCCAUACCUCCAUUAAUGUAUAACCAUAAUAACACUUAAACGGUUGAGUCAUAAGCAAACUCACACCUUGUGCAGCUGCAUGAAUGUACAAAUGACCUAUGGAGAACAAAACUGUUUGUACCAGGCUGUAAACAUAAUUAUUUCUGCUGUAAAGCUGAGCAUUUUAAUGUGGUAAUCUGUGAGGACUGACUUGCUUUUGAAACGAGGCUAAAGGGCCCCCCUCCGCUUUUUUUUUUUUUUUGCAUCUUUUGGCACAUAUGCAUUGGUUUUAUUUUUCCAUUCUUCACCCAGGAGUUGCUGCUUGUUGUACACCAUUAAUGUUGCAUUUUAUCUUAAUUAAAAACACACAAAUGAAAAACUUUUACAGUUCAGGUGAGUUUAGGAUAUAUUUAGUAAGUGUGCAGCACAGAUAUGUUCCUUCAAUUAAAGUCUGUGAAUCUGGCUUUAAACAGGAUUCAUUCAAAAGGAAGCUCCAAAUGUGCUGGAGGUUAUCAGCCGAUGCAAAUCUAUUCCUGAUCUGGUUCCAGUCAUUCUUUGGUGAAAGCGCCCCACCUGAAUUGCUGUCAUCACAGCGGUGAUUGCUUCUGCUCAGCAGUGUACACAAACUUCAUCUAAAGUGGGAAUGUAGAGAAAAUACUUGGCAGAUUGCUUGGAGCUUUGCCCGCUCUCACACCUAUGUGCACCUGGUCUCACUGUUGAAUUGUUUUUUGGAAACAACACAGACCUUGUAUAUUCAGCCUGAGAUGAAAGGCCAAAUUGAAUCAACAGCACAUGUAUGUAAUCACUACCUCAUACCAUUGAGCCCUAGUUUUAACUGGUUAACCUCUUGACAUUCAUGGGAAACCAUCUGGUUUGGACUUGAGGGAGUAGGGGAUUGCAUAUAAAAGAUGGAUAUAGAAAUUAAGAAUUGAAGUGUUUUAAACCUGUAGUAUUUCUAAUUUUCAGCAGGGGAAGAAUGAUGGUAUAGGAAUCUAAGACAAAAUCACUACUUUUCACUUCCUUUCCAUAUGUUCCUUGUGAGUUUGUGGUCUCAAUCGCUCAUUUCAAGUCCUAUUUCAUAAAACAUGUUGUUAGAGCUCUUUAACAUGCAUAAUAAUGAGCUGCUAACUAAGGCUAACAGCAGCUAACAGAGGCUAGCAGCCGCUAACAGAGGCUAACACAGACAAAAGCAGCAGCACAUACCAACAGAAAAGUUAAUUAUAUCUUCAGCAACUCACCUUCGUUUCACUGUCAACGGUGAAAAGUGAGCUUCACUGACUCAUCUACUCAUAUCAGACUCCUUUCACAAGUUUUACAGCCUCCUCCAAAGUAAAUAGAUGUGAACACCCGGCUGAGGUAAAGAGCGAAUUGACACCUUAAACUCACUACAGAUGAAUAGUGAUUGUAUGGUAGGAUUCUGCACUUGAAUUGGGUUGGGUAAGAAAGUUGACUGCAAUCUCCAAGUCACAUCUACUGGUGAGAUUUUACACAGUGUACCUUUAAUUUUGUAAGCCAUGGUCCUAUUUAGCGUGAAAUAGAAGAUAAAUCUGGGUAUGCUUUUGUUUGUGCAAUAUCCCCAGGUUCUCCGUCAGGUACAUCCUGAGCUCGUCACAUCAACAUGAUAGUGAGGGCCAAAUGCUCAGCUUUUGCAAGACAUGCGUUGACAAGUAGCAUCUAGUUUCUGAAAAUGUGCUUAUUUUUCCAUUUAUUAUAAUUUAUUUACAACCCAACCCUAUCUAUAGGAGGUCGCUACCAAACUGGUGCUUAUUAGAGAAGAGAUUUACAGGAACAUCACAAUGGACUUGACCCCUGACAUGCUCAACACUGCCAAAAAUGCACUUCAGUAUCAUUGUCUUCUUUGCUUUGUUUUAGUGCAUGUCUGCAGAAAUUGCUUAAAGCCAAUUCUCUUCCUCACUUGUACCCAAACAAAAGACCCUCAUGUGCUUCUGUCUAAAAUGUAGUGUCUAAUGCAUUUCCUAAAACAGUGAAGUAAUAGCCAAGGAUGUCUAAACUGGUGAGAGCAUGUCCCUGUUUUCUCUUCCACACUCUUUUCCCUGCCAGCAUUUAUGAUGUGCGCAGCAGUGCAAUCAUGCUCGGAGAUAAUUGAUAACAAAAGGCCAAAUUGAAAACACUCCGCAGGGGAGGGUUAAUAAUCAAGUGCUCCACAUUACUGAUUAAACGCUUGCUACAUAGUUGUGAGUUGUAUUGAGUAAACCGCAUGUGGUAGUGCUUUCCUGUUUAUCUCCAAAGUAUUUGGAUUUUAGCUAAAUCCCCCUGGCUUUUGUCAAGCCGCCUCCUCGUAUAAAGUGUUUUACGUGCUGAUUUGCUGCCAUGUUGUUGUAUCGGCCUGUUUCAUUGGCUCAUUCCCCAACGGCGAAAAUAAGACAAUAAAACUGUCCCAAAACAAACCCCAAAACAGACAAAUUAGUUUGGUUUAUGCUAAAUUUAAGUGCAAAUGAAUUAGAUGGCAUGCCAGCGUGGAGUCCGCUAGGCAAGACUGGAUUUCCUCUCCUUCUUCCCCCCUCAUCCUAUUAUAGCUGGUUGUUACAAUGCAGAAUGGAGACAUAAAACUAAGCAGGGGAGCAGGCUUUUUAGCUGGAUGGGAAGAAAUGCUCAGUCUAAUCUGAUUGGCUCCCACAUCGUCAGGCGGACAAAUGGAGAGGUUUGAUAUUAUUACUGAGCAGCUCAAACUAAUUGAGUGUAAUUAUACAGUAGAAAUCCACCGACAAUGCCGUCCCCAGCGUGGGCCUCGUUCUCACGCCAUGUGUAUUACAGGGUGCCAGGCUCAUGGGACGAGUGCUCACUUAGUGCUCACUUAGUCUGUCAGCUUGAUUCUUGAGUAACUGGUGUAAAGUGUGGUUCUGAAGCCCAGGCUGAUUGGACAUUUUGGGUGGGAGCCAGUUACAUAAAAAAGAUUUCUUCUCGGACUGGAAAGCUCCUUUCUCUCAGAGUCUCACACACUUUACCUUGAGUGCUUAAAUGAAGUUUCUCGGCAGGGGUGUACCAGCCUCCGGCCGGGUCUCUGACAGCUUCCUCAGCUGCCAGGUGACAUACCGUGCAUACCUGGGCUCACCGCGUGGGUAGCCACGGGGCCGCAGGGUGUGGGAACCCAGCAAACUCUGAGACACUCGUCAAGUUUGAGAGACUGAAGUAGCGGCGUUUUUCUGCUCUUGUCUCAUGGGAACGUCUCUGCUCUCAUGUGCCUGAUGAUGAGCGAUUACAACCUUGCCAUUUCCCUAGACUCCAGUCUGAAAUCCAGAGGUUUCCCCCAUAUUCCACCACACGCUGUGGAUAAGACUAAACAGCCUCCAUCUGCCUGUAAAAUUGGUUUAAUAAUUAUUAUCGUCUGGUUUUCCAACCUCCAAGUUACAAGAAUAUUAAUGUUAAUAGAUAGCUUAUGUUUUUAUUAAAGCAAUUAUUUAAUAUUUUGUGGAUAGUCAUUAUAACAUCAGGGUCUCUUUUUUCAUCAUAUACAAAAAAACCCCAUAUACCGUUUCAAAUCUGACAGAUAAUUCACAAAGACACGUUAUACAUUUUGAUAACCCAAAAAAGAAUGUCUAAGUGUGGUUGUAGAUAAAUAAGUAUAAAAGUGAGUCUGGUAUCCUCAUCUGGCGUCCUAAAUCAACAGUUUCAGUUUUAUGACUGCAAAUGGUUUGAAUAUGGAUAGUAGGCUGGAUACUCUUGGGUAACCUAGUGCAAGGCAUACACUUAGGGGCCUGCACUUAGGAAUAGGCGAACAGUGAUGUAGCCGGGCUGUUAAAUGACUUUGUGGCACUGGCAGAUUUAAAAAAAAAAAAACAUGGUUGGAGACUGUUGGAUCGUGUGCAUUGAACUUGAAAUCUUGUUCAUAUUUGAAAUGGCUGCUUCCAAGCAACCCUGAUGUAUGAAAAUGGUGAUAAAACAGAACGAGACAGUCUUUCUGCUGUCGGUUUGUGAUUUAAUGGGGUCAAGUCGGAAAUUACUUGACAAUCUGUUUGUAAUAAUAUGGCAAAGGUUGCAAACAUGUUGCUGUCUACAGACAGAGAAAUUCGUAUUAAACAGAAACUUACAUUAACUACUUACAAUCACAGUCCAGCCGAAAUGCAGAAAUUCCUCAAUAAAUAAUAAUCUAGUUGGAAUUUUAUACAUGGCUCAGCAAUCUUGCUUUUAUUUUGGAAAACAAUCAGAAUACAACUACUUGGCAACAAUCUUAAUCGAGUAACCAAUUGCAAAGAGGCAUGUUGCAGACAGGGCAUGCUCAUGCGCGCAGCUUGACUUAGAUCACGGGUCUCCAACUCUAGUCCUCGAGAGCUAGUUUAUCAAAUAAUGUCAGAAAAUGAGUUCAUUGCUCUUAGCAGAGGUUCAAGUACAGUUUAGAGAUUUAUUUCAGGUGAGCAACAAAAGAUAACCUAGUUUUGCUUUGGGUGAUAAUGAACCAGGCUUUCUAAAUGACCUGCUUAUUCUCAGCUUGGCAUGAAAACCUCUCAAGUGCCCCCUUACUGAAAUCUCUGAGCCGUGUCCCAAGUUGCGUGCAGUUUGCCUGCUGAACCUAGGUCCACAUUGUAAACAGCGCUAUCUUCAAGGUUUAUAGCUCAUCGCACAAUCAAAGGCGCUUUAAUAAUCAGUCGGAAAAUAAAAGAGGAAGCUUUUGGGUUCAUUCCAGUUUGAUUAAAGAGUGUUUUUACUUUGUAGUGACAGUGAGUUUUCUGCUCUGUGUGCAUCCCCUCUUGCCCAGGGCCCACUGCCAGCCCUUGUAAUUGGACGUCCAUUAUCCAUCGUCCAAUGAGACCAUCCUUUGUGUCCUUUGAGUUGAGGGGCCAAUUAUGAGCUCUCCUCUUCCAAUCAUGAGUGAGAUCAAAGUUGAUAGCGGGGCCGCGUGCUGUCAGAGUCACAUGCGUUGUUCCCCAAACAUUAGCGCUUUGCACCAAUCUCUAUUCAGCCUGUGGUUUCCCCUCUUUGGAGCCCAGUGCCAGAAAAACAGAGGUCUUUUGAGAGGCCUGAAGUCUGCACAGACAAAGAAAGGACAGUCUCCUCUCUAUCAGCCAGCGUUAUCUGCCCACACAAUCAAACACGUUAAACCACUCGUUGUGUCCACAAAUUUACUCUGGACUCAAGUGGAAGUUUAUCAAGAUAAGCAAGUCACACAUUUUAGGAGUAAAUUAUUAGUUAUUCAAGGAGAUUGAUGGUGAAAACAUUAUUUGUUUCAGUCUCACUGCACAUAAGGCUUUGAUUGUGCCACUGUUAUGCCUUAUACCACACUUAAAAGUGUGACCAGAUCAGAUGUUCACAGCUUUCCUGAAGGAGUUAUGCUUUUCCUGGUCAUGCAACAUUUAGUCUUUUUUGUAAAAAUCAUAUCUAUAUUUUUUUAAGUCUCACAAAUUGUGCUUGUACAACCAAAGCUUGAAACUUGAAUCAUAUAUCCCCAUUUAUUUAUGAAACAAGAAUCCAGUAAAAUAACAUAUGUAUUCAAAAUAUAUAAGCUUAGCAACCUCUUUGUUAGGUAUACCUGUUAAUGCAGAAAUCGAAUCAAUGGCAGCAACUCCAUUCAUUUAGGCAUGCCGGCAUGGUCAAGGUGGCUUAGAGAUUUUCAAACCAAUCAUCAGAAUGAGUGAGCCAGUGGAGAAGAAAGGUGAUUUAAGUCGCUUUAAACGUGGGAUUGUUGUUGGUGUCAGAUGGGCUGUUCUGUGUACUUCAGAAACUGCAGGGAUUUUCCCACACACCAAUUUCUAGGGUUUACAGAGAUUGGUCCAAAAAAAGGAGAAAAUAUCCAGUUAGUUUUCUGGGAGAAAAUCUGCUGGCCAUACUGUUUUGGGAAGGCAGCAGUCACAUAAAUAAUCACUUGUUAUGACUAAGCUAUGCAGAAGAGCACCUUGACAGCAACAGAAGACCACACCAGGUGCUUUAAAACUGAGGCUACAAUUUGCACAGGCUCACCAAAAUAGGACAAGAUAGGUAAAACCUCACCUGGUCUUGAUUUCUGUAGCAACAUUAAGAUAAUAGUAUCAGACUGGUGUGGGGGAUAUUUUCUUGGUACACUUUGGGCCCCUUAGUACCAACUGAGCAUUGUUUAAACACUACAGGCUACCUCAGUAUUGUUGUCCACUGUGCAGCCACUUUGUACUCAUCUUCUGACGGCGUCUUCCAACAGCAACUUGAGUCAUGAACAUGACAAUGAGUCCACUCAAAUGGCCUCCACAGUCACCAGAUCUCAGUCCAAUAGAUUCUCGCAGCAACUAUGUGAUGCUGUCAUGUCAACAUGGACUAAAAUCUCAGAGGAAUGUUUCCAGCACCUUGUUAAAUCUUUGCCAUUAGGAACUAAAGCAGUUCUGAAGACAAAAUGGGAAUCCAACAAGGUACUAGAAAUGAUGAUGAGCUGUUUUCUUCCAACAAUAACUUCUAAGGCCAGCUAUCCAAAAGUCCUAUCCUAGCAGAAGAUGAAUUUGAUCCCACUGUGCCACUCUGCUGGAAAUCUCCCCAGAGGGGACCCUAACUCACAAUCCAUGGCUUAGGAGACCAGUGUCUUAUCCAUUAGGCCAAUUCUGUUUGUGGAAGGGGAGAUUCUGGUCAUGGAUGUGUAAAUUUGUAGCAGUUGAUGUGCUGUCAUGCCAACAUGGACCAAAGUCUGUUUCUGGCACCUUUUUGAAUCUAUUCCAUGAAGAAUUAAGAGAGUCCAGUGGAAUUUUAUACAAAGCUGGUGUAGGUUUUAAGCUAAUUUAUUUUUUUCUAUUGAAAUAGGGAGUCAGUAAUACAAGUAGAUGACUUGAAAGGCAGCAUUUGUGUUGACAUUUUCAUCUCAAUGGGUUUUAUCCAGUUUAGUCAAGGAUUGAAAAAAAAACCAGUUAACAGAUCCUUGCCAUCUAAUAAGCAGAGCCAUUAUUUCCAUUGCUUAUUCAAGGAGGGAAACUACAUCACUAAGCAACCAGGAACUAGUAACUUAAAGUGUAGUCCAUAUAAAUUUGGUCUUUUGAAAAAAUUAUAAUUUUACUGUGGAGAAAUGUUAUUAAAUGCAGUGAACUUGCGGCAGCUUUGAUUUCAGCGUGUCUCACCAUAUUCAUCCUCUAUGAACGUCUGACUUUUACAAGCCCACAAAAUGAAAAUGGAUUUAUAUUUCAAAAAACUGAAGUCAUGUUUGAAAUCAUCAAAGGAAAGCUGGCUCCUGUUGGGUCCAGUCAUUUUAAAUUUUGAAUAGCAAGAACUGUUACGGACCUAUAAGCCUUUUCUCUGAUAUGUUUUUUUGUAUAUAGCUUAAAGAGUGUCUACUGCAUGGCUCCCAACAUGCAUACUCUUUUCUCAGAAGCAGACAAACUUGAAACAUGAGCCAGGCAGAAGGGCUUAACCCACGAUGUUAACCUCGUCCACCUGGCAUGGAAGAUCCAUCUCCAGGGAUGUUUGUUUAUCGUAUGCAGAUGAGGCACCAUAUUUGGAUCAAACUGGUGCUGCAGGUUUGGGUUUGAAACUGACAGAGGGCGGCUAACAGGAUUGGACGUGCAGAUUAAGAGCCCAGUGAGAGGAGGCUGAGGAGGGGCUGCAUCUGUCAGCAGAGAGGAAACCCACCUCCUCACCUUGCAGCUGGGGUGGGGGUCGGGGGGACAAGCUCCUUGUAUAGCCUCCUGGCAGACUGGGUGUGGGUGUGGGAGGCAGAAGGUGGUGCGUCCUGGCUAUUCUUCCGCACAGAGGCCGCCCUGUGAUCACAUCCUCCUCAUCGGACGCUGAGCCAAACCCUCAGCUGGGCUCUGAGAGGGCUCUUUCAUGCACGGUUUCCCAAGACCAGGGCUUUAAAUGUGGGGAGCUGGCUUGUUGUUGCCACAGUGUAGUCUGUUCAGAGACAGAGGUCCCAUUUUAGCCACAGAUUUAUCUGAUAGGAGAUCAUGGUUUGCAUCCUGUUAGUGUUUUUUUCACUUGUUUUUUGGCAUUUUCUGACUCAUGUUGUUUUAACUUGUAGAUUUCUGCUUCAGUUUUCACUUUGCUGGUUGGAUUAAGAGAUAAGGAUUGAAGCUCAUGAUGACACAUGUUACGGUCGGCCUAAGAUAGUGUGUCACUAACCAGUUCCAAAGGAAACCUUGUUUGUAGGUGUGACACGCCUUGAAAAAGUGCAAGAGAAAACAGCUGUCAACAUAUUUGUCCUUUGAGACCAGAUUUCACAGGUGAGGUGUGUGUCUGACUCACUUUCGAGAACUUGAGACUUAAAUGAUAAGAAUUCAAACACAAAUAGCCCCGCCCAAAAGUGUACCCUGCUUUAUCUUCUAAUUUAUUUCACAAGAGACCGCAGUUUCUUAAAAUGAACAGUUAAGAGAGCUGCGGCCCACUUAAAAACCAGAAAAUUCCACAGGGCCCACCCAAUCUUAACCCUCCUGUUAUGUUGGUUUCCAGGAACACCAAUUAUGGUCCUGGUUUAAUUUGACCCAGGGCAAAUUUACUCAUCCAAAAGUGUCAGAAACACUGGCACUGAUUAUUUUACAAUUUUCUUUUAUAAUUUAGAUUUUUUUCGUUUUCUGUAGCGAUGCAGAUGACAUGUGACAUCUCUUCUGUUCUGGGUCAAUCGGACCCGCAACAUAACAGGAGGGUUAAAUCUUCACUCACACGAGACAAAGUGGUAUACUUCCUUUCAAUUUUGCUAAAAAACAUAAACAACACUGACUUUUGGCUAUAGAUUGCUAAUGCUACUCACUCGUAUAUAAGUUAAGGCCAAUGUGUGACCACCGUGGUACUGGGACACAAACGUUAAUACAAAAGCAGUAAAUAUAGGUAAUGUCAAAAACGAACCAUCUCCUAUGAUUAAUUCUCUUUGUAUAUUCAUAAAUAGAUUGGUAUAAAUAUAUAACUCUGCAUACCUAUAUUUUAAGGCAGUGAACCAACAAUCAGACCACCCCCUAUGAGUAAGCGCUUGGCGACAGUGGGAAGGAAAAGCUCCCUUUUAACGGGAACAGAAAGACUCCUCUGCCAGAACCAGGCUUAAGAUGGGAUGGCCAUCUGCUGCAGCCUAUUGGGGGUGAGAAGUAAGCAAAGAGAGCCUGAAGUUUCUAAUUACUAAUAAUGAAAUGCAAUCCUCGGGCUAAGCUAUCUUUGCCUGCACUGACUACAGGGAUCUGGCUAGCUACAGGAUUUUUAAAGCUGUGGAGCUGGGUCUGAACCUGGUCUCCAAAGCUAUGAACAGGCUACAUUUUUUACACAUGUCAUUGUUACUAAAGGAGCCUGAGGAAUAACUAAACACUUGACACUUAGGAAGAUAUGCUAGUAGUGAUUUGGCCAAGAGGUAAGGUAGCUAUGCUCAGCUAGCAUAUCCCUAACGACACACGUGAGUGAAUAGUAUAAAUAUAAGUUGAAGUUGAGUCAGCAGAUAAUGUGCUUCUAAUGUGCUACAAAACGGAUCUAUUAAACUAUGAGAUUAACCUGCAGAAAAACACCACUGUGUAUAGCAUAGGGAAUAGAUAGGAUACCGCAGUGAUCCAGUAGCAAGGUGCCACGAGAGGAAAGCAGGUCUUCACUCUCUAUACCCAGAUGCAGGAAAGAUAAAGUUUAUCUUUCCUGGAUGGAUUAUAGUGUUUAUGUUUGAUUGAAUCUAUCAGAAAAUGCUGGCUCAUGGUCAUCUCACAGAUGAAAAACAUAUUGAUAAAAUAGUAUAUGAAUAGCUGGUGCAUAUUUAGUAGUAAAAUUCAUUAGUCGGAGACAAAGAGUUGUUGCUUGAUCCUUCAAUAGGGGCUGUAGCCAGCAGUUAUUUUUACUGUUCAUUAAUCUUCCAUUUAUUGUCUUAAAAACAUUGAAAACUAGUGAAUUUCUGCUUCUGAUCUUAGUUUGCAGUUGCUCUUUGCAUUGGUUGGUGGUCGUGAGGGCCACAAUGACCUCUGAAUCACUUACCCUCUGCCUUCCUGGGCGCUCUGUCGCACCUUUACUGGUCUGGCUUGUCGGGUGAGUUCCUACAGAGCUUCCUCGCACCUGGAGAAAAGGGUUAAAGGUGAAAACUGAAAGUGUUGGGGGCUGGUUGAUUUUUCUUCAUUGGUUUCAUACAUGAUGCACACGCUUUGGAAUUUGACUACCUUGUAAUUUGCAAAUAGUUUCCAACUUGAUAAAUUAUGUAAAUUAUUUAGUAAUUCCUACCUCACUGCUGUCUUAUGGCCAUUCCAAACACAAUAAUUGGCCUUAAUUUAUAAUAUUAUAUUUAUGUUAUUUCACCAUUAAUCUCAUUGCAGCUUUGACAAAUGGACUGUCUCAUUUGCUAAAGAUCUAUUACUAAAACAUUCAGUCAUUCCCAUCCAGAUUAAAUUUUCGGACCAUUCCAGACCAAAACCAUUAUAUGGGCAUUAGUGUCAUGAUGCCUUUUCACUGACAAAUGAAGCAUCCCUAAAUUGCCAAAGGAUGCAUUAUGAAAAUCUCUGUCUUUAUUAUAGAGACAUGGAUCCUCAUUUAAGUGAUAAAAUGUUCAUUAUGUGUUCUGCAUAGCUUUGUAUUGUGUAAUGGCUCACACUGGUUCAAUGAACAGAUGACUGGCAGCACUGGCGUCAGUCAAAUAACUCAUCUCUAAACCAACAGUAAAACCACAAUAGAAUUCAAAGUACUUUUCUAUUUAAUUAAAGUUCCAUUACCAAAUGAAAACUGCUUUGAUGGUAAGCGGUUACUCAUCUGCAGGAAUGCUUUUGGGCAGGGCAAUGAUUUUGCACCUGCAUCACCUCUGUUUGCUCCAUAAAACCUGGCCAGUGUGAAGAUUCUGUCAGAUGUCAUAAAUUCCUCUGCGAAGCUCGCCCAGGCGUCUGAUGACUGAUGAGUUUGUAAUCUUCGUUUGAACAGGAGCACCACCUGCCACUCAUCUCCCAUCAAUCACAGUGAUAGCUUAAGGUCAUGAGCUUUAUUCUCUAUUGGAAAAAAAAGCAUAGCUUAUAUAGGUCAGCAGGAGCAGGACUCAUAUUCAUGGUUUGCUGCUAUGCCAGCUGUAAAACUGCACAUGUAUGCUUUUUUUUUUGGUGAUUUAUACAUUUGCAAAAUGUAACUAUGUCAUUUUAGGAGAUGUCAGUGGAAAAACUCCUCUGAAAUAGUCCCACUGGAGCUUCUAGAUCAUGUAAUUUAUACCAAGCAGCAACUGCCAGGGCUGAAAAUUAAAGUCAGCUCGGAAGUGCCAAAGACUGCAGUUCCUCUGGCUCCAGAAGUGAGUCAGCCCCCAUAGGCUCUAAUGUUGAAAAGCCAAAUGUUAAGGCAGAAAUAAACAAGUUUUUAGCCUGGUACAAAAACAUUUUGGUGUCUGUAGUUCAUUUCCCCCUUUAUGGCUGUUGUACAAGAGGUGAAUUUUUAUAUAAAUCCUAGAGUCACUGAACACCAGAUUUUUUUUAAAUAUAUAGUCAAAAUGAUUGCUGCUUGUUAACAAAGCUUGGCAGCAUUAACUUAUAACUCAACACUGUACACGUUUGUACACAAGUGAUAACUUCUGGCUCCAAACCCCACCCAAAAGAUUGUGAACAUCAAAAAGGCUAAAUUGAGAUCUGCCAGCCAGUGGGUGAUGUCAAGGUAGCAAUGUUUUUCUUUUAUAUAUAUGGUCUGUGGUAUAUACGUUAUAUAGUUUCACUGCUGGUUGAAAUAUUGAAGCCUGGCUGAUCUUAUGAGUUCAAUCCUUGGUGCAAGAUUUAUAGUAAGUAUGUGAACUGUCUACUUAAGAGUAGAAUCUGAUUGAUAUAGGACUUUUAAGACAGAUACAGAUUUUUGCUGAUUUAAAGCCAAUCUAGCAGAUCAACAGAUAUUUUUUUUCUUUCAGACAAACAAAACCAAUCAAGAAUUCCCCAAAAGUUGUUAUGUGUAGUUAUUUAUGAGUCCUUGCUAAGAUAAAACGAGAGUAUAGUUAAAAAAUACCUUUUUGCUUUAUUGUGACAACAAGCCAAGGAUUACUCCGUUAUGUUCUACGGAAAUCUUCUUAGAUUAGAUUUUUGUUGUGUUCGUGGUGUUUUCAAGCAUGUGUGAACAUAAAAGUUGCAGAGUGCUCUCUUAUGGGCAAUGUAGCACCAACACGGUCUCUUCUUUGCUUUGCAUAAAUGCAGACACUGAUAGUGUCAAAUUGCUAAUAUAUCCACUUAUAUAUCGGUCGGCUCUACUUAAUAAUAAUUUCCUGGUUUUCAUACCCAGAAGUCCAAACUUUUACACCCCUCAAUUUCUAACAACUUUUCCAAAAAGGACAAAGACUCAGUGGUCAACGUUUUUGUAGUUGACACCAUUAAAUGGUUAAAGUUUGAGAAUCAUACUGAAACUUCCUACAGACCAGAUAGGAACUACAUCAAUCAGGCAUGCAAAAAUAAACUACUCUCGGUGUACACUUUAGGAAGAAAUGUAGAAGUUCCCCCAAAACCACUUCCACAUUUUUACACUCUGAAUGAGAGAACUGCCAUUAUCUAUUGUGUGGCCUACUUGACCAAACCACUGUGAGUAAAUCCAAAGCCCCAUCUUGACAUUUGAAGUUCAUUCUCAGCAUGUCACUCAGGAAACUGGUCAGCGGAGGUGGCAGAAGCUGACUCGGGAUCUUGAAAACAACGGAAAGCGAUCUAACCCAGAGGUCAGUUUAGAGGCUGUUGUGGAACCUUUUGAUGCGAUCACGUGAUCUUCCUUGGCAGCUUGAGCUGUAGAUUGUCACGUACCUUGGAAACGAAGGUCUAGAAUACUUUUCCAGGGUCCAAACUACAUUUAAGUAACUGUUUUUUAAGCAUGUGACCACAGUGAAUGGGCUUUAUCAGGGCAACUGUACUAAAAAUGCAGAUGUUCAAAUGUUGCCUCUGACCAGUGUCCUUAUCAUCUAAUAUUGUGGCUAAAUAACGAAGAUUACUGCUGUGUUUAAAUCAAUAUGGAGACAGUAGCCAAUAUAUUAGGAUUUGCACUGUAGCCAACGGAAAUCCAGGCCAAGACUUCCUGUUCCGGUUAUUGUAUUUGAAUGCAGAUAAAUUACAAAAGGUAAUAAAACAAUGGCCAGCCAGUUUGAGAUUGCAUGUCAGCUUGUGUCUGCUUUCAGCUGCUCUCAAGGCUGUUGCUUUACCUGCAUGCAAAUAAAUUCUCAGCGAAUGUGUUGAGUCAAUAGGCAGUAAAUUGCAAAUAGUCCCCAGAAAGCUUCAAAGUACCAAAACUUUUGCUCCUUGUUAAUUAAGGUAGAUAAAAACAAGUGGUUUAUAAAGACAGGAUCUGUCCUCUGACCUUCCGCUUACAUGUCUUCCAAGUAAAAUGUCUGCAGAUCGGCACAAAUUAGUUUCCUGCAAGAGUUCACAAGUCAUAAGAGCUGUGAUGCUGAGAAACAGUCGUUAGGCGAAAGUCAGAGAGGUGCUUCAUUAGCUUCUUUACACUUACAUGGCCUAAGAUUGUUGCCAGCGGUGGUAACAGCAGUGGUAAUACUGAAGUGGCAGAAGUGUGAGUUUCUGGUCUGAAGCUGGAGUCGCCAAAAACGGGCAAAACCGCCAACUCAGAGUCUGAAUCAGACUCCUCUGUGUGACAUGAGUUAAUGUUUUAUGUCUUCACACGCACUCACAAACACCAGCAAUUCACUGCUUCAGCCACAAACAUGUAAACAUGAGUGCACACACAGUCUCCUGGGUAACUAUGCGCUGUAGGUCUUGCCCAGGUGAUUUAAUCCAGCCUGACUUUGCUGGUUAAAUAUUGACAAAAUGCCGGUGUGGCCUCGCCGAGGAGAGAACUCAGAAGAGGCACUUUGCUGCCAGGGCUGCACGACUGCCUGCUGCAUCAUCAUUCCAACACACACACAUACACAAACGUGCGCGCGCACACACCGCUGAAUGCAAACGCACACAUACACCCAGUGGCAGGCAGCAGCUGAGACUCAGCUAGGGCAGAAGUGUGGAACCAAGCGGAAGAAGAGGAAGCGAGCACACGAGAGACAGCGAGCGCAGGAUGAGCCAGUUCGUGGACCACGGCGUUGUGUCGGUCAGCGGGAGGAUCCGAAGCAUCCCCCUGCUGGAGCUCCUCGCGGAAUACAUGGACGCCAACAAAUGCAUUGAUGAACUUCUCAAGCAGCUCGAGGAGGAGCGCCGAAACGUCCGAAGGGAAAAGCUGGCUGUGGCUCGCCUGCAGAGGGAAGUCGCACGGAGCAAGAGCGAAGGAACAAUGGUAAAGUACAGUGGAAGUGCUUGGCCCUAUCAUCUUCACGAAGCCAGAAAAGCCACACGAGAAAAGCUGAUCCACGAGCUAGAGGAAGAGCGACGCCUGCGACUGGAGAGCGAGAAGCGUCUCCGGGAAGUGACGGAGGAGUCCGAGCUGGGUCAGGCGCAGGUGGUUUCACUGCAGCUGCAAUUCUCCAGGAUGGAAGAGACAGUGCGGUCACUGCUGCAGAAUCAGGGUGUCCUGGAGCAGACUGCUGUGGACACGGUGGACAUCAUGAAGGUCUACAAGGAUAAACUCUCUGAGGAAGUGCAGAAACAGCACGACGGCCCAGUAGAGAAGGGCUCCCUGCCGGUGACUCAAGCAGAGCUGGACCCCAGGCUGCUGCUGAAUCCUGAACAUGAUGCCAGCCAAGCAGAAGAGGAUAAAGACAAAACCAAGCUCCUGCUGGAGCGCCUCAAGGCCCUGGAGGAGGAGAACUCCACCCUGGCCUUAGAGAAUGAGAGUCAAAGGGAGCAGUAUGAGCGGUGUCUCGACGAGGUUGCCAAUCAAGUCGUGCAGGCGCUUCUAACCCAGAAGGAUCUAAGGGAGGAGUGUCUGAAGCUGCGAACAAGGGUUUUCGAUCUUGAGCAGCAGAAUCGGGCACUCGGUGUUUUGUUCCAGCAGAAGAUCAAGCCGGCCUCGGACCUGCUUCUCCAGAAACUCCACUCUCGGAUCAUGGAUCUGUCUGCAGCAGAUUUGCUCCUGGAGCCAGAGAGAAGCAAGGCUUUCCUACUUUCCAGGAAUACAGACUCCCCCUCUAAUGAGGUUCAGUUGAAUGGAAAAGCAGGUCUCCCUGUGGCCAAAUGUCUGAGCCAGCUGAGCCUGACAGUGCCAGCCCCCGUGUACCCACGCAGCAGCUGUAGCAGCAGUGAGCUGUCGCUGUCGAGCGCGUGCAGUGAAUUCUCCAGCGGCUCGUACACCUGGAAUGAUGGACGCUCCUGUGGGAAAAUGUCAUCUCUGACGUGGGAGAAGAGGCUGAGUUUGGGUUCGUCAGCCCCUAGUAAUAUCUGUGCUGCUCAGGAGGAGCACCUCCCCACAAGACGUAAGGAGAGCCACAUACUGGAAGGACUGAGAAAGCUCCAAAGGAGGAAACACAGGAGCUCCUCCUGUUCCUCCAAGGUCUCCAAGUCAGGCUACAAAGACUGCAUGAACUCCAAUGAGGGCAUCUACUCACUGGGCAUCAAGAGUAGCAGUAAAGGGGUGUCUAGGCCUACCCAUGUGGGGAGAACUGCUCAGGGAAAAAAAUUCGCUUAUGAUUCUGAUGAUGCAGAUGAUGAACUGGCACAUUCUAGUUGUAGAGAUAACAUCCCCACCAAGGACAACUGGUUUCACUGUAAGAAGCUCUCACACAGCAUCUCAGACAGUUUAUGUAGCUGGGAGGGAACGCAAGAAAGCGGAGGUGACACUAUCUCAAGUCCUGUGGCUACUAAACACCCUUCUGGGUAUGACUCAAAGGAGCAGCCUGAAAGACUCAUGAGUUUUAUUAACAGCCUUCUCCCUGAACGAGGGCGGAUAUCAGCUUUUACGAGACCAUCGAAGCUGCACCUCACCCCUACUGAACCAGAAGUUCCCCGUCUGUCUGAUGCGGAUGAUCUGGAGGAGUUAAAGUCUGAGUCAAGUGACAUCCGAAUGUCCUUUAGCCAGCCACCAGAGCAAGCCGAGAGGGACUCGAAGAGGUUGUCAAGAGAUGCUGCCAAGCUGAUUACACAGCAGUGCUUGCGGAGAGACCAGGUUCGUACCCAGUCUGCAGAUGGAAGACCCAGGCCUUUCAGCCUGAUUAAGGAGCCCAAAGUGGCCAAAUGCACCCAAUCUGAGGAGAGCGUGUUGGCAAUAUUUGAUGCAGAAGGAGAGCCUAUUGAACUUUGUGCAGAGAAACUUGCAGCAGCUGCUGGGACUCAAAAAGACAUUCAGGGUAGCAAAGUAGUUCCUGACUACACAAAACUGGUGCCCCAAGAGAGGCCAACAAAGCAGAAACCCUCAAAAUCAAGAAACUACAGUGUUCUUGAGUCUCCAGAGAAGCCGUCUGAAUAUCAGAUCAGGACCCACAAGCCAAGGGAGCAAAGCAGUAGCAGGGAGGGAAGUGCAGAGAGGCUAUCAAUGCAGCUGACUCCACAACGGAAACUUAUCAAACCACCAAGCAACCGAGCUAGUAAAGGCCUUUCCAUCCCUCCCAUGAAUGAUGCUGCUUGUUCCACUAAGUACAGUAGUUCAAAGAUACCUGGUAGUAAUAAACCUUCAGGAUCCCCACUGAGAUUAUCUAAGGGCUCUGCCACUGAACCAAGUAACAGCGUGAACUCAGGACCCCCUGGGCAGGAGAAGUCCCCCUCCUCUCCGACAGUUAAAAUGUCCAGAUUCAUCAAGACACCAGGAACCUGUAUUCAAAGCCCAAAAGCGGUGAACUCAAAGCUCCCCAGCAGGGCCGAAUGGAAUAAGGGCGCCUCAUCGAGUUCCCCUCACCUCUCAAGGAGACACCUGGAGUAUGCUGACAAUGGCGAACAGCCAACCAGAGACAAACACUGUGAAAACAGCAAAAAUAAACUCAGGUCCCCCUCUCCUCCCCCUCCCCCGGGCCGCACCACCUCUUUACUGAUCAGACCAAAUUACGAGGGGUCGCCAACCACUGUGAGGGGUCCACCCCCAAGUUACCACACCUCACUUUUACCAAAUAUGCAAUCAACGCUACCCAUCAAGGAUAAAGACUGUUUAGACUUGGAUGCAGGCUACGGGACUGCACUUGCACCUCAGAAACUGGUUGACAAAACCAGUCAGCACCUUCAAAAGUCCCCUGCCAUGACUAAGACACCUGCUAAAGGCGAUUCCAAGCGGAUGACCACGAAAGACUACCUCCCUUCUGCAAACUCAGGGUGUGCUCGAGAACCUGAAACCGCACCUAAAACCUCGAAGAAUGUCCCUCCUCCCUACAGUGCCCUCAGAGGGUCCUCAUUUCAGAACUCACCUGCAAGCAAAAAAGGAUCUGCUAAUAAAAAUGUCCAUCAGUCAGUGCAGAAGACCUCUAUUAGUUUACCUGUUUCACUUCAGGACACACCUCAAGGUCAGGCAGAGCCACAAACUGGCAAAGCUUUAGACAGCUCUAUUAUUAUGUCCCCUAACCUAGCAGAAAAAGCCUCAAACACUCGCAUCCCAAUGGGCUUUAAGGCAUUUUUAAAGUCUCCUCCUAGCCAUAAAAAUAGUCCCUCUAUACCAGGCAAACAAGAGAAAGAUCAUAUCAACUCAGUCUCCAAGGAGACUGUGACUUCAAAUGCUUCUGCCCAGUGUGACAACUUGCAGACAGAGUACAAUAUUGAUUCGCCAUCCAAGAUGUCUGUUACAGAGGGGAAAGGUGAAGUCCAGUGUAGGUUACUGGAAGAAGAAUUACAAGCUCUCAUGGUGCCAGAGGAAGGGGGUGUUUGUGAUAAUGGGAAAAGGAGUAGUCAGCUUUUUGGCAGAUCCAUAUCUAUUGCUGCCAAACCUCAUUUAAAGCCAGCGUUAGGGAUGAACGGGGCAAAAGCUCGUAGCCAGAGUUUCAGCACCAACUACAUUGAAAAACCAAGCAUCAAUUCCUUAGAUGGGCCGGGAAAAAUCAGAACUCAGAUCAUUACCAACUCAGGUGAAAGGGGGAACUCUCUGUCACGACAGAGUUCCUUAGAAGCGACCUGUGCUGGGUUAGCAGAGAGCCCUGUUCAUUCUCCAAGGACAAGACUUAGCCACUAUGGAGGCAUGACAGGGUCAAAUAGUCACGGCAUCCUCCCUGACAAAGCUUUCAAAUCGGGUUCUAAAGUUGAGGGGUCACAGGGCACAGGGAAGGGGGAGGCAGUCAUGUCACCUUCUCACAAAGUGGUUCGUAGUUUACCCAUCAGUGAUCGGACUGGUUUAAACAUCCGUAAGCCAUCGAAGGUUGCCUCUCAUCCACAGUUUCAUCCUCCGUCCUCUUGUGUCUACGGCUUGGAAAAUCCAGUUAGAGAGACAGAAGACAAAGCAGCAUUCCCUAAUGAAGCAGACUUCAGCAGGGAAGUCAAAACCCAGGCGGACUCCCCAAACAAACACCCAGAUAUGGAGGAGAAAAAAAUCAGCCCAACAGUCACCACUAUUGAAGAGAAAGUCAUGAUGGGAAUUGAGGAGAACGUGCAGAAAUGUCAAGAACAGGAGAAAGUCGCUGCCACCGAGGCCAAACAGAAGACGGGUCCCUCUCUGGCAAACUGGUUCGGCCUCCGUAAGAGCAAACUUCCAGCUCUGAGUAUUAAAAAAGCCGACUCUCCCAAGGGAAAAGAGGAGAAGAAAGAGCUGAAGAUCGGAUCAGUUCUUGGAGGCAAACAGAUGAAGUCUGACAAGAAGAAGGAUAAGAAGAAAAAUGAUAAUCAGCAGAAAGAAAGCCAGGAGGUGCAGGGUCUGUCUGAGAUGAACAACAAGCUUAGCUCCAUUAUGGACCACUGCAACAAUCAGAUGGGUCAGAUUGCCAGUCAGAUCCAGUGCACGACGGCCUUUAUUGGAAAAGACCAGUUCGUGAAAGAGCUUCUUGGCAGGACCGCUGUGAAGGGCAACUCCGUGGCCACAUCGCCGCCUGGGAUCUCCACGCCCAAAAAACACAGCGAAACGAAGGGAGAUAUGGAGAUCUGUUCAGAUACUGCUACCCUCAUAAUGACAGAGAAGAUCAACCUAAAGGCUGAAAAUGUAGAGGGACACAUCCCAGACGCAGCUUGUCAAGACCACAUGUUAGGCUUCGGCUGUCAGAUGAGAACCCUGGACAGCGGCAUCGGCACCUUCCCUCUCCCCGAUUCUGUCACCCGGGCCAGCAGUCGCCACAUCCCUAAAUCCGAAUCCAGCCCCGAGGGGGUGACCGGUGGCUCCUCUGAGCUCGAUCGGGAGCCUCCCUCUUCUCACCCUGACCCCUCACAACCUGAUGUGAAAGUGCCUUCCCUUUCAAAACCCCACCCGCAUGUCUCUAUGAGCAUGGGUCACUCCCUGUCUGACCCCACUGUGACCUGCAGCAACGACAACGCCCAGGACACCCAGAGCCGCCUGCCCAAAUUAGCAUCCUCAGAUGCAAUCCAGACAAAGAGGUUGAGUUUUUGUGCCCCACGCAGCAACAUCUCAGGUUCCACUGAGGACAAAGAGACAGAAGCAGAGAGGAAGAUGAAAUCCAAGGACCAUGAUAUGCUGGGCGAAAGAGCCUUGCGAGUGUGCACGUACUCAGGCAGCAGCAGCGACACUGAGACUGAACCCGAGGGGACAGGAAGCACUUUGGGCUCGCCGCAAAAGACCCUGAUCAACAGAGCUAAGAGGAAUGACUCAGUCGAGCAGAAUGAGGACACCCUGAAGAGAAGAAGUGUGGAAAAAUCCUUGUCAAUCAUGGACUACUACCAACACGACAUGUUCUCGCACCUGGAGAAGGACAGCAGGAAGAUUUCGCAGUACAACCUGCUGCACAAGGAGUCGGCCCUUGAUGGAAAAGCUGGAGACAGGCUCAGUAAGGAGAUUCCCAUGGAGAAGAUGCCCGUCAGCGCAAGCCAGCCGCUCUCUCUCGACUUCUCUUUGGAGUCCUUAAACAAGCUGAAUCAGAGCAGCUCCAGCAGCCUGUACCCGGACACAGGCUCGGGCGGCCGCAGAGCUGACUGCCACGCCGACGGGGGGAAGAGCGGGGAGAGCUGCUUCAAAGGAGACGAGGCCUCGUCCUCCUCCAGUUUCACGAGCAGGCCCGGGGUGGAUCCCGUGGGCUCCCUUAGCGACUCGCUGUACGACAGCUUCUCUUCCUGCACCAGCCAGGGAUCCAACGAAGUCUGAAAAAGCAGGGCUGUAGAGAUGGAGUCCAGUUUUCAAGACAUUUCUCUUACGUCUUUGGACUGACUCCUCAAGUCUUUCUUUGGGUUUCAGAUUCUGUCCUUCUUAUUGGAAAUCAUGCCUUGAUUGGCUGGAGGUUGAACGACACAGUGGACAUAUGGAGUGGAUUUUUGGGUAGAUUACAUCUGUUUUUCUAGGGGAUUACCCCUAACAGGGUUGGGCGAUACAUUAACAUUUUCUGCCACAUCUCCACAACUAAUUAUUUUGGCAAACUGAGGUACACCUUAGCAUCUUAAAGCAGCCAUUCCCAAAUUAAACUAUCAAUUUGAAGUGGCAUCAUUUUGGAAAGCCGACAUUUUAAAAAGUUUGUAUUUAUUUGUUGAAAAUGCCCAAACUUUGGGAACCACAGAUGGGAUAACAGCAACUCUAUCAAACAAUUAGGGUAGAAAACCAGGAACAUUUGGCAUGUCAGUGAAAAACUUUGAUAUCUGUGUACAGCUUUCCACUCUUGCUCAUAAAACCUCCAGAAAGUAAGGAGCUAUUGCACUUUAGAGUUAAUUAUUUACAGCAACAUUAUAAAAGGUGGAUGUACUUCCGAGUAUAACAAAAUAAAUAAAGAAAUAAAGCCAAUGCAGAAGUGCCUUAAACCUGCAUUAUUCUUUAAUAACCACCAGGGAAUGCAGACCUGUAGUUCCAGAAAGACUUGUUGUCUAUGGGAAAAUAAUCCAGAGACAACAUAAGUAAACACUUUUGUGAUGAGUUUAUUAGCUCACUUGCUUAAUUUGGGUCAUACUCAGUAAAUAUUUAAGUCCAUUCUGUACAUUCUUUGAAGUUUAACGAUUAUCCGGGGUGUGCCAUGUCCAUCUCUCGUCAACUGCAGUUUAAAAACAUCGGAAGUUUGAACUUCUGAAACCAAUGGGUGAUGUUACCACAGCCACGUCCAUCUUUUAUACUGUCUACGGUUGCAACGCAGAAAAUUAGCAAACUAAAACGCCAAAAAUCUCCCGCAAUAAUACAACCGCCAAUCAUCUGAGCCGGUCACUGUCCUAUCGCCCAGCCCUAAACACUAGUUUGUGUUUAUUUUCUUCUUUUUUCUCAGCCUUGCAAAAAUGUCUUGGUUUUGGUUUGGUUUCCUCUUGAUUUCCUCUCAACCUUCAGCUAAUCUUGGAGAGGACUUGUCUCAGUUACAGCCCUGCCAUGAAAGGACGAGUGCCGGUCCCCUCUGCCUACAACAAGAAGCACUUAGAAGAGCUACAGACGCGAGGAUGAAUCCUCAACCUAAAAAAGAAAAG